AUGAGUCAUUAUAUGGUUUCAGAUUCUUAUUGUGAGAUAGACAGUGUUUUGUAUUCUGCUGUUCAUGGAGCCAUCCGAUGGUAUGACACUGAGGGAAGAAAGUGGAGAGAGGUGAUGGGUUUGGUGGGACUACCUAAGUUACCCGAUGGUGAAAGGAUUCAGAGAGAUGUUAGAUUGGCUGAUUAUGGUGGAAAGAUGGCGGUUUUGUGGGAAAGAUCUCUCGUUAUGACAACUCGUAUGCUACGAUUGUUUGGUGUGCGGAGAUUGCGCUUGAAAGACUUCUGGUGGGAUUCUUGGACUACUCUGGGGCCGCUCAUUGACUUCAUCGGACCAACGGGUCCCAGAAUGCUCCGCCUACCUCUUGAUGCUCGUGUCUGUGAUGCCAUUCGAGGAACAGACUGGAAUCUCCCUAACGCAAGGUCUGACUCUGUGCAAACGCUCCAAAUCCUCUUGACUACGAUGCCUCUUCCUUCACAAGAAGCGGGUCAAGAUGUAUUCAUGUGGAGGAAACCAUCAGGGAGACUACUCAAGAACCUUGUCCUCAAGCGGGACUUGGGACCAGCUGCGUGUAACUUCACCCCAAGUCUCUUGGUUCAAGCAGGAAAUACCGAGAGCCUCAUUCAUUCUUUGGCUGGUGAAUCUCAAGCGGCUGCCUACAAAGGACCGUCUUCUAAGCUGGGGAAUUACAGUCCCACCUGA